AUCUUCAGUAAGCUUAGUGAAGCUGUGAUGUGAUGUGGUGUUUGUCCAGUAGCAAGUAGUUUAAAAUGACGUGCGAGAGUAUUUCAAGUUGUGGCUAAUGAUAGCUAAUUGUUUGCUGAAUAGUGAGUGGUGUAGUGUUGAGAAAACCAUAUACCCUGUGCGUUUAAAAUGGUGCGGUUAUGAUGUGAGAUAGUAGUGAAUUAAUUUGUUUUAAAAAAGCCAGCGCCAAUAGCAAAUGGCUCUACUUGCUGGCGACUCACGGCAGUCAGUGAUUGUCGCAGUCAUUGUCCUCUCUCACCUGGUUGAAUUAACUCUGCCCACUCCGCUGCCUCCAUUUAAACAAGGUUUCGUGCUGAACGAAUUCAUCAAACACUGGGAGCCAGCCAAGUUCGAGACCAGUGAGACGCUCGCUCAACACCAUCGAUUCAGGCGCUCGGCCUCCGCCACAUCCGCCCUCCAGCAGCCACUUCGCAUCAAUUUCACCUCGCACCACAGAGACUUCCGACUACUGCUGUGGCCAGACAACGAUGUGUUCUGCGAUGACGUGGAGUUCGAGGAUGGCAAAGGCCGAGCCAUCCAUUUUGACAUCAGCAGAGCUUACCAUGGCACACUACAAGAUGAGGAUGACGCAGUUGUGAAGGGGGUGGUGACUAGUGACGGUCUGUUCGACGGCACGAUAUCGACGCGGCUGGACGACUACUUCGUGGAGCCGGUGUCGCGCUACCUGGACGCGUUCCCGGCCACGCCUGCCGCCUUCCACACGGUCGUCUACCGCGGCUCAGACGUGCGGUGGCCUGCCGCCACUAAAUGUGCCUCGCAGCGGCUGCAUCUCAGAAGAAAGAAGAAGAAACGCCGCCGGAGAUGGCUUGUACUGGAUGACGUGGAAGUGUCGUCAUCGGCCAAAACAGUGGUCAACAUCACAUCACCAGACACAGUUUACCAUUUAGCAAAUAGAACCUCGCUCCCAGAUCUACCACCUAGACACGACUCAACGCUUAAUAUAAGAAUAGUCAAGGUGGGUCCAAACUCGACGAUAAUCCGGUCGACGAAGACAACAGACCUGGUGCGACCGCCUCCAAAGAUCCUGGUAGGGACGGGCGACGAGGGCCUGGCCGAGGAUGACUGGCUGCUGACCCGGCAACAACAGCUGGUCUCCAAGCGGGCGGCUGUCGAUGAGCGCAAGACCACCUGCAUGCUCUACCUGCAGGCCGACCACCUCUUCUACCACAAGUACGGCACCGAAGAGGCCUGCAUCGAAGUCAUGACACGCCAUGUGCAGAGGGUCAACUCCAUCUACAAGGUCACAGAUUUCAAUCAAGAUGGCCGAUCAGACAACAUCAGCUUCAUGAUAAAAAGGAUAAAAGUUCACUCAUCCGAUGCUGUCGAAGAUCCCAAAUACCGCUUUCCUGGCAACUAUGGCGUGGAAAAGUUCCUAGAGCUGUUUUCUGAGGAGGACUACGAUGCAUUCUGUUUGGCCUACAUGUUCACGUACCGGGACUUCGAGAUGGGAACUUUGGGGCUGGCCUGGACUGGAGACUUGAAGAAUGCUGGUGGAGUUUGCGAAAAGAAUGGGCACUAUCGUGGUAGUAUGAAGAGCCUGAACACUGGUAUAGUGACCCUACUCAACUAUGGCAAACACGUUCCUCCGGCUGUGUCACAUGUCACGUUGGCACAUGAGAUUGGUCACAAUUUCGGCUCACCUCAUGAUCCUGAAAUUUGUACACCUGGAGGCGAGGAUGGUAAUUUCAUAAUGUUUGCAAGAGCCACGUCUGGAGACAAGAAGAAUAAUAACAAGUUUUCUCCGUGCAGUCUGAAUUCCAUCAAUCCUGUGCUCAAUGUGAAAGCGCGCAGCCCGAAAGGGUGCUUCACAGAGCCGCAAGCGGCGAUCUGCGGCAAUGGGGUGGUGGACCCGGGUGAACAGUGCGACUGCGGCUGGGAGGAGGAGUGUCGCGACGCCUGUUGCUACCCGCAGCGCCUCUACCCGCCACCCGACGAGGUGCCCUGUCGGCUCACACCCAACAGCAUGUGCAGUCCUUCUCAGGGACCAUGCUGCACAGCGACGUGUCAGCUGAAGUUCGGCGAGAGGUGCCGUGAUGACAACGGCUGCCGUGACUCCAGCUACUGCGACGGCAGGGGGCCGUACUGCCCCCCAUCCAUCAACAAACCCAACAAGACUGUCUGCAACGAGGAGUUCGUCUGUUUCAUGGGAGAAUGUACUGGAUCUAUUUGUCUUGCUUACGGAUUGGAGUCUUGCCAGUGCCUUCCGGGACCUAAUGAUCCUCCCACCAAAGCCUGUGAGCUGUGCUGCAAACUGCCUGGAGAAAAUCAGCCUUGUCUAUCGUCAUUUGCAUGGAAUAAUGUACCCUACGACAUACCAGACAUGUUUUCGAAACCAGGCACACCUUGCAAUGACUAUAACGGCUAUUGCGAUGUUUUCCAAAAAUGCAGAGAGGUUGAUCCAUCCGGACCUCUAGCCACUCUUCGCAAACUCCUGUUGUCUGAGGAAAGCAUAGCCUCGUUCCGUAAAUGGAUCACAGAAAGGUGGUACCUGCUCAUCCUCAUCCUAUUCUCCGUCCUCUUUUCUCUGUCUCUGCGUCAUUAUAUUAAGCACAAGGCUUUUGGGAAAAACGACCGAUGCAAAACUGCAGGGCAUGAAGAUAAUACACAGCUCAACAACCGAAACGGUGCGUCUGCCGCCGGAGACUGACGGCAACGGAGGAAAUGUGGUCAUCCAUCCAGUGGCGGUACGCAGCAAACUGCCGCUCAACCGGAGGGUGGACGAGGGGAAGAGGGGGAGACGACAGGGGGCAAAACGGGGGGAGGACGCCUCACCGCAGAGGAAAGCCGUCAAAAAGAACCAGGCGAUUGCCAAGGACAAGAAGAAGAACCGACAGGUGGCAAGGAAAGUGAUAGGCAAGAAGAAGAGUGGGGAAGUGAUUGAUUACAGCAGUGCCCAGAGUGCAGACAAGUCUCCUGAAGACGAUCCCUUGGGCAAAGUGCGUAACUGGUUGAUGAACUCGCAUAACCUAGCUGGUACACUAUCUAUCCGUAAAUCCAAAUCAUCACCAGCCGGCUUCUCACAACCUGCUCCCGCUCCCAAGCUCCACAAACCUAAAGAUGUGUCCGCCCCACCUAACCUAACCAAAGCAGUACCUGAAAACGCAGGCAAGCCUACUUCCACACCUCUAGAUGUUACCAGUGGUGCCCCAACUAAGAACAGUGACCCACAAGUCAAGUUGCAAGUAGUCUACAAGCCGCCAUUCAAGUUCAGUGUGAAACUGAGGAAGCCGUCUCAGGUGGCCACAACUGUUGUCAAGGAAAUCAAUUCGAAGGUUUGCCAGCGCCAACAGCAGCGAGCUGGAGUGGUGGUCGUCAAGGAGGAAAGGAGGAGAAACAACAAUCAGCGGGGGAAGAGUAAGGGAGGCGAGAAGAGUGGCGAAGGGGACGAGAAGAAUAAAUCUAAUGAGAAUGUUGUGAAUGGUAGGAGACAACAUGGCAAUGCUAAAAUUGCAGCUAGUCCUGAGAAAAAGAGUAAUGAUAAUGUGGCAGGUGUGUGUAGUAGUAGUAGUAGUGAUGUGAAACGACUGUCAAUGACAGAACAAGGUGGCAAUGAUUUUGUUGUGGCUGAAGAUGAACAAAAGAAGAAGAAACAGUCUAGGACGAAGACAAAAGACACGGAUACUGUGAUGUUAAUUCCAGCACAAGAGGCCGCUCGAGACGAACCCAUCUACCAGAACACUAAUGCUGUGAAAAGUGAUGAGGUUGAUUUGGGCAAGAUGGAGGGGGUGUGUAAGACAGACAAAAACGUCGAUCUUCUCCGAAUGACGUCAGUGGAGUGUAAGAACCAGUCACAACACCCCGUGAUCAAGCCCGAGGAUUGCAAGGAUGUAAGUCGUAUGAGCAGGAGUCAGUCACAGCAGAGCCGGUCCAAAGUGGCGGCCAAUGAGAGAGGUAAGCGGCCCAAGAGAGAGCAUUCCAGAGAGAAAAGCUCGUCGCGUUUGAAUAAGCCUGAUCUGAUGCGUUUUCCCUCCAUGGAACCAUCCGUUCCUCAGCCUUCGUCCACAAACGAUGUUCCCAAGGUUAAAACGAAAAUACCGUCGAAAAGCGUCGCUAGAAAUCGGACAUCGUUCACAGAAGACGACGCCACUCUGGCGGCAGACGGCCUGCUUCACACUGUACCUUCUGAUCUCGAGGUGCUACUCUCCGAAAGCGAGUACUUAUUCUCCGACGCGUGACGAACGCUUCUCUGUCUCAUUCUCUCGCUCUCAAUCGCCAAAACAUAUUCGGUUUCUUUUCUGACUGAUUUUUUACUAAUAAUUGUUAUUUACUUUAGGUGAUCGUUCCGGUGAUUAUUAGUGCAUUAACGAGUGCUAUUCCAAUUUUUUAACCUAGUAUUAUUAAUGAUAUUAACUUUAUUUGCUCACAAGUAUAGUUCUGAUUCUGUUUUAAAUCUCAAAGUCGAAGAAAUGUCUGAACUGGAACCACAUUGCCUUGGUGGCUGUCUGUAAUAAUCAUUGAUCAAAUCUUGAACACUAUAUAGAUUAGAUUGCAUGAGGUAACAUUGAUGUUAGCUCUGCAUUGGCGAUGUAUUUCCAAGUCAGGGCAUGAAGGAAGUAUAUUAUGAAUGGUCCAUACUAGUAUCAUCAUAUCUCUACGCUCUGUACUAUAUCCUAAAUAAACUUAACAACUUCUAAGACUGAACAUAUGAACAAGUUUUCUCCAUCACAGCACCUCAUUUGACUCAUUUUAGCAAAGAAUGUCCUGUCAUCACCAAGAGAAUGAUCUUCAAGUUUUGAAGAUACCCGAUUUUCCCCGAUUGAAAUGAAAGUAAGUUUUUGAAUUGAAUAAAAGUGAAGAGAUAUUCACAAAAUUGUAAAUUUCUGAAUCGAUUCAAACAGAAUUGAUAAUAGAAAAAAUACUUAUGAGUACUCAAUAGUAUUAUGAAUUUAUCUACAGAUACAGCAGAAAACAGAGAAAUGAUUAUUAAUUGAAGAAUUGAUUGACUUAUACCUCUGUAUGGCCUUUCCAAUGACUCUACUUGCUUACACUGAUAUUGCAUCUAAGGAUUAGGGAAAAUUGUGACAAUUUGACAAAUCUCUUGAAUUUAAUCACAACUUCCACAUCAUCCGUCCACUUUCAAGAUUCCUUCUUUUUACUUUAUUGGUAGCUUCAAUACUGUAACUCAAUACAGUAAUAAGAAACCGCCUCUUAUCAACGAUUUGAUCAUUCGCUAAUAUUUUUCAACUGUGAUGAUUUUCCUCUUCAUUCAAUAAUUUAAUAAUCUCAAACGCUUUGGUAUUCUUAUUGUUUACCUUCUUCAGAUUAAGCUACAUUCCAUUUUUAUUCUUGUACCUACCUGAUUCAACCAGGUAAUUGUCCUAUCUAUGUACUUCUACAUUCCAUUUAUUUAAAAAAAAUAGAUUUCUUGUUUAUUUUAUCUGCUGGUUCAUUCUCAUUUUAUAGUUAUUCAUUUAGGCUUUGAUUACAUUUUAGCAUUUGUAAUAUGUAAGACAGAUUCAUCUAAACUAACAAUAAUUUCUUAUUGUAAAAACUUCAGCGAGGCUGAAGAAAAAACAUAUUUUAUAAUGUGUGAUCGAUUACUGUACUUACAUUGAUAUUAUUAUAGUAAUUAUUCUAUCGAAAAACGAUUCGUACAUAUAUUAACGUUCCAUAUUUUUUGGCAUUCGUAUUCAGUAAUGCCGAUUAUGUUGAACUUACAUGUGAGUAUGAAAUGAUAUGUACAUAUUUGAUAAAUCUUAUUAUUUUUGCUUGUAUGAUUCGAUCAUUGUCCAGAUCGAAUAUCAAUGUUAUAAACACAUUCACAUGUACCUACUAAUGAAAUUCAUUAUUAACCCUUGAAUACAUUUCCAAAGCAAAAUCCUAUUUUCACAACCAUGUGAACUACCGCUAAGACAACGUCUGUCUUUAGAGUGCUCUCAUUUCGAGUCCAAGUUUCAAAAGUUGUAUGUCACAAGUUUUCAAAGCCAAAAACAUCAAUGGAACGACAGUUUGUGGGUGAUCUUGUCAUGAAUGAUUGUACAUUCUUCUAUAAAAUAUUUGUAUUUAUAUUCUGUUGUUUAACUAUGACAAAAUAUUCCAAUAACUCUUCAAUUAUUCAAUAAUUAUUCAGAAUCGAACGUCUGCUUCAUUUAUCCGAUAUUUCCCUCUUAUUUGAACAAUAUUUUAAUACUUGGAAUGAAGUCACCAGUACCGUGAAGAGUUUUUAUUAUUGUAAGCUGGUGAAAGUGUUGUGCGAAUGGUUAUUAAUAAUAAACAAGUCGUAUUUUCCAAUUAGAAUACUGAUAUAAUUGUCAAAAUUCCAUGUGACAUAAUUAUGUAAGUAUUAUAAAUAGUAUAAAUAUUUUCAAAAUAUCUUUUAUACAGAAUAUGUUGAUACUCAUGUUGACCAAAGUCUAAAUGUCAUAUUGAUCAAAGUGUAAAUGGAAUUUUGUGGGUUAUGAAUGGAUAUAUUUUCACUAUUAUUAUUGUAUAGUGCAGAUAUUAAAUUCAUGAACUGGCCGUAAUCAAUCUAAAGGGUGUACCUUUCCUAUUGGAUUGUAAAACAAUCAAAUCCAAAUAUGACUAGGGAUAAUUCAAUUUUUUUAAUAAUUCAAUUUAAAUAAUUUAUAUAGAAUUAUAUUCAGUUCCCCUUUAUUAAUUUUUUGAAGAAAAUUUAUGAAUAUACUCAACUAAGCAUUGAUUUCAUCAUCAUGUGAACUUUGGGGGUCGUAAACUAACUACAUCAAUCUCCAAAAUAUUGGAAGUAAAGAUCAACUCUAUUAACAAUAUUAUGGGGUUACUGGAUGGAAAAAUGUAAAUUUUGAAAUUUAUUUUACUCAUAACUCUAUAAAAUAUUUCCUCAUAUUUCACUCAAUAAUGCUUCACUGGUCGUUUAAUUGAAACUACAUCACAUGUGCUUAAAGCUACUCGUAGGCUACUGGGCAACUUCCGAUUCAUUCUAGAUUGCUUUUUUAUAUUAUGUUUUGCUGAAGAUAGGAAUAAAAUUGAUACUUUCUAUUCAUAUAUAAUAUUGUGUUCUACUGAAAAUAGGAAUAAAAUUCAAUUGAUUGAUCAAUAUUUAGAGUUACAUAUUUCUUGUGAUAGUGUUACAAAUGCAUCCAAUGUGCCAAAUACAACAGAAUAAUGAUACUAUUGAAGCUGGUAUUAAUAUUAACAUCUAGAAAAACCUUCAACAUGAAUAUCCUUUUUUGAAUUAAACUUCUCUUCUAUUUACUUGAAUUUAACUUACUUGAAAAAGUGUUCUCUAUUUAAAAACCUUACUCGAGUUAUUUAAACUUAAAUAGAUGUUUGCUCUCUAAUCAAUGUAAUAUUUUUGUGGCAUUUGGUUAUAGUUAUUGCAAUGGACUGAAAUUGAUAUUAUAAUUGAUAAUUUCAAUGAAAUUACAAGUUGAUUGUAACUUGUCUACAACUACCGUACGAUAUAUCUAAUUUUUGUCAUAUCUUUUUAGAAACUCAUUUACUCUUAUCUAUGUUAAGUUCUUAGUUUUAUAGAAUAAUACACUUUAUUAUAUUUUAUUAAUAUUGUAUAUCAGCUGUGAUAACACUCUUAUAUCUGACCAUUACUUUUAACAAUGCCAAACAUAUUCAAACAAUAUUGUCUACAAAAUAGCUCAUACGUCUUCCUAUAAUUAAACAAUUUAAUUUAUGAAUUAUCUUCACUUUUUAUUACAAUAAAGAUGGAAUUCAAUUAUUCAGAAUAUUAUUUUAAAUUUACAAGAUAUUUCUAUACUUUUGUCGUUUUUAACUGCUGAGAGUUAGAAUAUAUAAGAGCAGUCAUUUCAAAAUUUCAAGACAUUUUUCUCUAUUUAUAAAUUACAUUUUUCAAGAAUCAAUUAUCGUUUAAUAAAUAUUUAUCAUGGGCUUAUGAGCUGAUCACAUUGUUUGGCAUGAACAAACUUAGACAUUACGAAUUUAGUCAUUUUAUUAUUGAACUCACUUGUGAAUGUAUCAUCUCUUCGUAUCUACAUCAACUCCAUCUCUUAUCAUUUUUCAUAUUUGUUAAUAAUCUAUUUUUGAUAAAGUUUAAUAUCCUACUAGCUUUUUGAUUGAUUCUCACCCUAGCAUCCUGUCGAAUAACUAGAUUGUACUUAGUUUGAAUGUAUAAUUUAUGCGUGAUUCAUAAAUGUUGAUAAUUAUUAUAAUGUGAACCUGAGUGAGUCAAUAAGACAGCGUUGAUGAUCUUGUACCUCUAUUGUUCUGUAUUAAUUAUAAUGAUAAAUUUGACUGUGAAAUAAUCUGUUCAUAGAUUGUGUAAAAUAAAAAAAUAUUUAUAUCAA